AUGGCGGAGAUCAAGAUCGAUAGCAAGCUCUUCCAAGAGCGCAUCUCGCAUUUUGUCACUUCUUGGAAGAAUGACCUUCGAUCCAACGAUGGCCUUUUUGGCGGCGCCAACUCCCUCGUCGUCAUGAUGGGCAAGGUCAACGAGGUCCCCGAAUUCCACAAAAACAACGCCGUUCACUUUUGGCUGUUGGGCUACGAAUUCCCUACCACUUUGAUGCUUUUCACACUGGAUAAGCUCUACGUGCUCACAACCCCCAAGAAAGCCAAGCAUCUCGAACAGCUCCAAGGCGGUCGAUUCCCAAUUGAAAUUCUUUCUCGAGGCAAAGAUGCUGAUGAAAAUGAAAAGCUCUGGGAAACCCUUACCAGCAAGAUUAAGGCUGCAGGAAACAAAAUCGGAACGAUCGCUAAGGAUACAUCACGCGGUCCAUUUGUGGACGAGUGGAAGAAGGUCUUCGCUGAAAGUUGCAAGGAUGUUGAAGAAGUUGACGUGUCGCUGGCUCUCUCUACCUACGCAUUUGCUGUCAAGGAUGAGAACGAGCUACGCGCUAUGCGCGCUGCUUCCAAGGCAUGUGUUGCUCUCAUGACACCAUACUUCCUCGACGAAAUGUCCAAUAUCCUUGAUGCUGAAAAGAAGGUGAAGCACUCUUCUCUUGCUGACAAGGUUGACAAGAAGAUCGACGACGACAAAUUUUGGAAAACAGUUCAACUCCCAGGAAAGAGCAAACUGCCCUCUGACUUGGACCCCCAACAGCUUGAUUGGAUCAUGGGCCCUGCUAUUCAGAGUGGUGGUAAAUUCGAUCUACGAUUUGCAGCCGAAGCCAAUGACGACAUCCUCCAUCCCGGAAUUAUCAUUGCCGCCAUGGGCCUGCGUUACAAGUCGUACUGCUCGUCGAUUGCCCGUACAUACCUCGUCGAUCCCAACCAGGCGCAAGAGAACAACUACAAGUUACUCGUGCAGAUUCACAACACCGUUAUCAAGAAUCUCGUUGACGGUGCCGCUGUCAACAGUGUUUACAACUCUGCCAUGGCUAUUAUCAAGAGCAAGGCUCCCAACAUGGAGAAGCAUUUCCUCAAAAAUGUGGGUUGGGGUGUUGGUCUAGAGAACCGCGAUGCCACAUUGGUUCUCAACGGCAAGAACACACGCACACUGAAAGAUGGCAUGACAUUCAUCAUCCACACUGGCUUCCAGGAUAUCGACAAUUCCCAACCGCAAGACAAGCUCAGCAAGACAUACUCUCUCGUUCUCAACGACACGGUUAGAGUCACCACCACUGCCCCUGUUGUCUUCACUGCCGAGGCACCAACCAGCGCCGAUGCCAAUUCUUUCUUCUUUAAGGAUGAUGAGGAAGAGCAGCCCGCACCCAAGAAGGAGAAGAAGGAUCCUCGCGUUGGAGCUGUGGCCACCACAAAUAUCACGAGCACCAGACUCCGCUCAGAGCGUUCCACCCAGGUCGAUGAAGAUGCCGAGCAAAAGCGUCGUCAGCAUCAGAAAGAACUGGCUGCUAAGAAGCAGAAGGAAGGCCUUGCUCGCUUCGCAGAGUCUACCAGCGGACAAAACGGGAAUGAGGUCAAGAAGUUCAAGCGCUUUGAAUCCUAUAAGCGUGAAGAUCAACUUCCUCCGCGAAUCAAGAACAUGGAAAUCGUUGUGGAUUCAAAGAAUGCCACCGUGGUUCUGCCUAUCCUUGGUCGACCAGUGCCUUUCCAUAUCAAUACCAUCAAGAACGCCAGCAAGAGUGACGAAGGCGACUAUGCAUUCCUUCGUAUUAACUUUUUGUCGCCGGGUCAAGGUAUUGGUCGUAAAGAUGACCAGCCUUUCGAAGAUGCUACAGCACACUUUGUGCGUAGUUUGACAUUCCGUUCGUCUGAUGGUGACAGAUACAAUGAGAUAGCUACUCAGAUUUCCAACCUAAAGCGCGACCUCAACAAGAAGGAGCAGGAGAAGAAGGACAUGGAAGACGUGGUGGAACAAGACAAGCUUGUCGAAAUUCGAAACCGACGUCCCGCGGUCCUCGACAACGUAUACAUCCGACCAGCUAUGGAAGGCAAGCGAGUGCCCGGCAAACUGGAAAUUCAUCAGAACGGUAUCCGCUACCAAUCGCCGCUUAAUGCGCAGCACAGAGUGGAUAUCCUCUUCUCCAACGUCAAGCAUCUCUUCUUCCAGCCUUGCCAGCACGAACUUAUUGUCAUUAUCCACAUCCACCUUAAGGACCCCAUCAUUGUGGGCAACAAGAAGAAGACCAAGGACGUCCAAUUCUACCGCGAAGCCACGGACAUCCAGUUCGAUGAAACUGGUAACCGUAAGCGCAAGUACAGAUAUGGCGAUGAGGACGAAUUCGAGGCUGAGCAGGAGGAGCGUCGUCGCCGUGUGGAACUGGACAGACUGUUCCAAGGCUUUGCGCAGAAGAUUGCCGAAGCCGGCCGUAGCGAGGGUAUUGAAGUCGACAUGCCCAUUCGCGACCUUGGCUUCAACGGUGUUCCUUACCGCAGCAACGUUUUUGUCCAGCCUACUACCGAUUGUUUGAUCCAGGUUGUCGAGCCUCCUUUCAUGGUUAUUACCAUUGAAGAUAUCGAGGUUGCCCAUCUGGAACGUGUGCAGUAUGGUCUGAAGAACUUUGAUAUGGUUUAUGUCUUCAAGGACUUCACACGCGCACCGUUCCAGGUCAGCAAUAUUCCCGUCGAGUUCCUUGAACAGGUCAAGGACUUCCUUGACUCGUCUGAUAUUGCCUAUUCCGAGGGUCCACUGAACCUGAACUGGCCUACUAUUAUGAAGACGGUCACGGCCGAUACGCAUCAGUUCUUCGCCGAUGGUGGUUGGUCAUUCCUCCAAGCCGAAUCGGACGACGAAGGCUCUGAGGAUGACGAGGGCGAUGGCUCUGCCUUUGAAAUGGACGAUGAUGAAGUUGACGCAGCCUCCGAAUCGAGUGAAGAAGAGUCCGACUAUGGUAGCGCCAGUGACGACGACGAUGAGGAUGGCGAGGCAGAACUUGACAGCGAUGAGCAGGGCGAGGACUGGGAUGAGCUGGAAAGAAAAGCAAGCAAAAGGGACCGCGAAAGCGGACUGGAUGACGACGAGGGCAGCAAGAAGAAGCGCAAAAGGUAA